GGUACUUCCGCCUCCUCGCCGGACAGAUGUCGGAAGAUGAAAGAAGAGCUGCGUGUAAUUAUUCACCUGCGACUCCAUCAAAAUCACACAAACAUUUAUUUUCACCAAUCGGAACGUUUUAUGACAAUUAUGACGAGAUUUCCUCGAGAGGUGAUCAAGAGGAGUGCAAGAAGACGAGGAAAGUAACACACACUCCAGUCCAAGGGAGCAAAGUGGAAGAACGCAGGAGUUUGCAGUGAUCACUUCGUUAAAGAGAGAUACAACAAGUCAGCUGACACCUGCUCAGUUGGGACACAAAGACUCUCCAAGCGCAUGUCAGAAGUCAAGUCUUCUUGUGUCCUGCAGACAUCUGUGAAGAACAUCUUCUCCCUGAGCAGCAACAGUGGACCUCAAGGAUGGAACAGGGUGGGCUCCAGCGCCUUUAUAUUAAAGAGGAAGAGGAGGAGCCCCCGCAAAUAAAAGAGGAAAAGGAGGAGUCUCAGUACCCUCAUUUUAAAGGGGGAGAGGAGGAGCCGCCAAAACAUCCCCACAUUAAAGAGGAGCAGCCACAUACCUCUUACAUUAAGGAGGAAAAUGAGUCACAGCUCCCCCUCACAUUAGAGAGAAAGAGGAGUCAUAGCUCCGCUCACAUUAAAGAGGAAGAGGAGGAACACAGCAUCAGCCAGGAGGGAAGUGAAGAUGAUGAGGUCAAAGGUGAAAGUGAGGAGGAGCCUCCAAGAGAAGCUGAUGGAGGACCACCAGCAGACAAGUUCUUAUCAAGGUCACACUCUGAUGAUGGAGACCAGUGUGGAGGACCACCAGCAGACAAGUUCUUAUCAGGAUCACACUCUGAUGAUGGAGACCAGUGUGGAGGACCACCAGCAGACAAGUUCUUAUCAGGAUCACACUCUGAUGAUGGAGACCAGUGUGGAGGACCACCAGCAGACAAGUUCUUAGCUCCACUAUCAGAUAGUGAGGACACAACGUCACACUCUGAUGAUGAAGACUCUAAAGAUGGCCAGACACGCUUUAAAUGUUCUCACUGUGACAAAACGUUCAAAUACCGCCGUAGUCUGAAAAGACACAUGAAAAUACACACUGGAGAGAAAAGCUUUUCCUGUUCAAUCUGUGGCAAAGAUUUUAGUCAAAGGAAAGAUUUGAAAACACACCAGAGCGUACAUGCCGGAGAUAAACCUUUUUUGUGUUCAGAAUGUGGUAAAGGUUUUGCACGAAAAACUAGGUUGAAAGAACACAUGAGAACACACACUGGAGAAAAACCUUUUUCCUGCUCAGAAUGUGGUAGAGACUUUGGACGAAAAAACUUGCUGAAAGAACACAUGAGGACGCACACUGGAGAAAAACCCUUUUCUUGUUCAAUCUGCGGCAAAGAUUUUGUACAAAGACAGUGUUUUAAAGUACACAUGAGAAUACACACUGGAGAAAAACCUUUCACGUGUUCAAUCUGCGGUAAAUAUCUUGUUCAAAGACAGCAUUUAAAAAUACACAUGAGAACACACACUGGAGAAAAACCUUUUCCCUGCUCAGUAUGCGGCAAAGGUUUCGCUCAGAAAAGUGUUUUAAAAGAGCACGUGAGAAUACACACUGGAGAAAAACCUUUUUCUUGUACGAACUGUGGUAAAAGUUUUACACGAACUUACGAUUUGAAAGUACACAUGAGAAUGCACACUGGAGAAAAGCCUUUUACCUGUUCAAUCUGUGGUAAAGGUUUUGUACGGAGUCAGUAUUUGAAAGAACACAUGAGGACACACACGGGAGAGAAAGUGUUUAGUUGUAAUGUGUGUAAUGAAAGAUUCUCCAAUAAGUACCAGUGUAAGAAACACAAGUGUGCUGGUGAGAACAGCAGCAGCAAAUUAGUUAAAAAAUAAAUUAUAUAUAUAUUAGGGCUGCAACUAACGAUUCAUUUGAUAAUCAAUGAAUCUGUCGAUUAUUACUUCGAUUAAUAAUCGGAUAAAAAAGACAAACUAUAUUUCUAUCCUUUCCAGUAUUUUAUUGGAAAAAAACCAGCAUACUGGCUCCAUACUUAUUUUGAUUAUUGUUUCUCAGCUGUUUGUACAUGUUGCAGUUUAUAAAGGUUUAUAAAAAAAAAAAAUUGCCUCUGCGCAUAGCAUAGAUCCAACGAAUCGAUGACUAAAUGAAUCGCCAACUAUUUUUAUAAUCGAAUUUAAUCGAUUAGUUGUUGCAGUCCUAAUGUGUAUAUAUAUAUAU